CCGGUUGUACGGUACAUACGGUUGUAUAUACCCAAUUUUUUGUAUUUUCUCAUAGGCUGUAAAUCAUGUUAUAAUUAACUUCUUAAUUAGCACAGCCUAGCUAGUUUGGGGUCUAGCUAGAGAGUAGAGACCUAAUUUCCAUGAAAUUUAUUCUCAUAUAUUAACAUCGGUAUAUAAUUCAUUUGCGUCCCACUAUAUCUAAAUUAAUACAUAUAAGGCAACAUUAUCAUAACGUGACAACAUUUUGUUACAAAAAACAAACCAAAACAAAAAUGAAAUGGGAGCCCAAAUUUUAUACGAAAUUGCCAGAAGGGAAAAAGAUGUCACUCGAAAAAUUUCGAACCACUUCCCAUAAAUGCAAGAAUUAAAUGUUGGUUUUGAAAGCUAACCAACCAAUUUUGGUGCUCGCAUUUAAUCCCCCCACCACCCUACUCCGCCCCCUCUACCACCACAAUAAAUAUGCCACUGCUUCAUCUCAACAAUCACCCAACAAUUCAAUCAUCAAAAUUCUUUAUCUAACAAAACAACACAUAACUCAAAAACUCAAUAUACAUAUAUAUACAUAUACAUAUAUAUAUAUAUAUAGAAAGCAAGAAAAAAAAAAGUAAAAGGAAAUGGCGAGAGAGCAGGAGCUGCUGUCGACGGAAAUCGUGAACCGCGGCAUCGAGUCGUCGGGGCCGGACGCGGGGUCGAUGACGUUCUCGGUGAGGGUGCGGCGGCGGCUGCCGGAGUUCGUGAACUCGGUGAAUCUCAAGUACGUGAGGCUGGGCUACCACUACCUGAUCAACCACGGGAUAUACCUGGCGACGGUGCCGCUGCUGCUGCUGGUGUUCGGGGCGGAGGUCGGCAGCCUCAGCAGGGAGGAGCUGUGGCGGAGGAUCUGGGACACCACCGCCGGCUACGACCUCGCCACCCUCGUCGCCUUCUUCGCUCUCUUUGUCUUCACCCUCUCGCUUUACUUCCUCUCGCGCCCAAGGAAUAUUUAUCUCCUUGAUUUUGCUUGCUACAAACCCUCAGAUGAUUACAAGGUAACGAAGGAGCAGUUCAUCGAGCUAGCCCGAAAAUCGGGCAAGUUCGACGAGGCGAGCCUGGAGUUUCAGAGGCGGAUCCUGGAGUCCUCCGGGCUGGGCGACGAGACGUACGUCCCGAAAUCGAUCGGGUCGUCGGAGAACACGGCGACGAUGAAGGAGGGGCGGGCGGAGGCGGCGACGGUGAUCUUCGGGGCCCUGGACGAGCUGUUCGAGCGGACGCGGCUGCGGCCCAAGGACGUCGGGGUGCUGGUGCUCAACUGCAGCCUCUUCAACCCGACGCCGUCGCUGUCGGCGAUGAUCAUCAACCACUACAAGAUGCGCGGCAACAUCCUGAGCUUCAACCUCGGCGGCAUGGGGUGCAGCGCCGGCGUGAUCGCGCUCGACCUCGCGCGCGACAUGCUGCAGGCCAACCCCAACAACUACGCCGUCGUGGUCAGCACCGAGAUGGUGGGAUUCAACUGGUACCCGGGGAAGGACCGCUCCAUGCUCAUCCCCAACUGCUACUUCCGCAUGGGCUGCUCCGCCGUGCUCCUCUCCAACCGCCGCCGCGACUACCGCCGCGCCAAGUACACCCUCGAGCACAUCGUCCGCACCCACAAGGGCGCCGACGACCGCAGCUUCAGGAGCGUGUACCAAGAGGAAGACAGCGAGAAGCACAAGGGGCUGAAGAUGAGCAAAGAUCUGGUGGAGGUGGGCGGCGACGCCAUCAAGACCAACAUCACCACGCUGGGCCCACUGGUCCUCCCCUUCUCCGAGCAGCUCCUCUUCCUCUCCACGCUCGUGUGGAAGACGGUGGCGGGCAAGGGCCCGCACCCGGCCAGGCCCUACAUCCCGGACUACAAGCUCGCCUUCGAGCACUUCUGCGUGCACGCCGCCAGCAAGACCGUGCUCGACGAGCUGCAGCGCAACCUCAAGCUCAGCGACGACAACCUCGAGGCCUCCCGAGCCACCCUGCACCGGUUCGGCAACACCUCCAGCAGCAGCAUCUGGUACGAGCUCGCCUACCUCGAGGCCAAGGACCGGGUCCGGAGGGGGGAUCGGGUCUGGCAGCUCUCCUUCGGCUCCGGUUUCAAGUGCAACAGCGUCGUCUGGAAGUCGCUCCGGAGGAGCCGGACCCCCCAGACCGGCCCCUGGCUCGACUGCAUCGCCAGGUAUCCGCAGGGGAUUCAUGGGAAUGGGAAUGCCCAUUUUUAGGUGCAUUGUGUUCUAUUCUUUUUUUUCUUUUUUCUUAAGUUUUGUUUGGAAGAAAUGGGGAUGGUCAUUAUAUAGACAUGAAACUGUGUAUUUUUCUCUGUGUUUGAAUUAAUUGUGUUUGAAUAGAGAUAGUUUGAGUAGUUUGUUCAA